AUUUCUGUUGGAUUAGGCAUAGUGGAAUACCUGUGAUCAAGAUGUGUUUUUCAAAUUACAUUGUAUUAAAAUGUUUUUGAAAAUGAUGAAAUGCGAAUUGAUUUCAUUGCUUGUUUUUCAAACAGUUAUUGCUGCAGUAAAUGUGAAUAUCAACAAUUUUGAAUUAGAGUAUUUUGUAACCUACGAAAAUUGGUGUAAAUCUGACAAAGACAGAUUUCAGUUUAUAAUUGGAAUAUCUAUCGAACAAUGUGUGGUAGAGUGUGGUGCACGGGGCCACUGCAGUUCCCUUAACUAUAGAAAUCAAAUCAACGGAUGUGAGCUGUUCCUUACUUCAGAAACGGAGCAGCCAAUUCCCGGCGAGUGUGUCUAUGUUAAAAAAGACAACAUCAACGUGACGAAAAGUCCUUGUCAAGACGGUUGUGCUUACGGGCAGGUCUGUGAAUCAACAAGUUCUCAAGGGGGAAUGUGUAAAAUAAAAGAAUGUAUCAACACUACGGCCCCUAAAAAUGGUGCAGUUCUUGGGAAUCUAAGGGGAGUUGGAAACAUGAUUCGUUACAUGUGUAAUCCCGGAUACGAACCAAAAAACGACGGUCAAAAACCGGUAGCUGAAUGUCUUGACAACGGGCAAUGGAGCCAUGUAACAGAAUGUGUAAAAACUAACUAUACUUGGGCGUCGUGGUCACCAUGGAGCACAUGCAGUUUAAGUUGUGAUUCCGGAAGUCAAUCAAGAACGAGGGAGUGCUCUCUUCGCAUAGAAGGCAACGGUGCAUCUAAUUGUGAUAAAGGGGAUGUUGAUGUUGAUAAUAGUACUUGUAAUAACCAAUCCUGCCCUAGUAAGUAA